AUGGGUCUUAAAACAACUAUUUCACCAGAUUCUUCAUUUGAUAAAAUAAUAAAUACCAAAACUUCACCUCCAUUACAUAUAAAUUCUCCAAUGUUGGAAUCAUUGGCUUUAUCAAAAUUAUUUAAAGAAGAAAAUGCAAAAGUAUGGAUGAAAGUAGAUGCACUUCAACCAUCAGGCUCAUUCAAAAUCCGUGGAGUAGGCCUUCUCUGUAAUCAACUUUUAAAAGAAAAAAAAUCAAAAAAUGAAGAAGCUCAUUUUAUUUGUUCAUCAGGAGGUAAUGCAGGUAAAAGUGUUGCAUAUGCAGGUAGAAAAUUAAAUGUAAAGACAACGAUAGUUUUACCAAAUACUAUACCAGAGGCAACAAUUGAAAAGAUUAAAGAUGAAGGAGCAAAUGUAAUUGUACAUGGUACUAUUUGGGAUGAAGCAAAUACAUUUGCAUUGGAAUUGGCAGAGAAAGAAGGUUGUACAGAUUGUUAUAUCCAUCCAUUCGAUCAUCCAUUACUUUGGGAGGGUCAUUCCACAAUGAUUGAUGAAAUCUAUCAAGAUGUUCAAAAUGGUGUUUGUGAAAAACCAGAUGUAAUUUUAUUUUCAGUUGGUGGUGGUGGUAUGAUGAUUGGUAUUUUACAAGGUUUAGAUAGAUAUGGUUGGAAUGAUAUACCAAUUGUUACUGUUGAAACUGUUGGUAGUCAUAGUUUUUGGAAAAGUUUUCAAGAGAAACAAUUGACAAAAUUGGAUGUAUCAGAGGUUACAAGUGUAAUUAAAACCUUAUCAACUCGUUCAGUUUGUAGUGAAGCUUGGGAAAUUUCAAAAAGAUUUAAUAUUAAACCAAUUUUAGUCACUGAUAGAGAUGCUGUAGAUGCUUGUUUAAAAUUUGUUGAUGAUGAAAGAAUCUUAGUAGAACCAUCUUGUGGUGCAACAUUAUCUGUACUCUAUUCAAAAAAAUUAUCAACACUUUUAGAUAUAAAUUCAAAAAAUAUUUUAACAAUCGUUUGUGGUGGAAAUGGAACUAGUAUUUUACAAUUGAAUGAUUUAUUACAAACUUUACCAAAAUAG